AUGGAAGCUGGAGGAUGUGUUGAUUACACCAGUCUCAACAAUGCAUGCCCAAAGGAUUGCUACCCCCUCCCAAAGGUCGACCAGUUGGUCGACGCAACGGCCGGACACGCUCACCUCUCAUUUAUGGACGCCUUCUCGGGAUACAACCAGAUUAGACUGGCGCCCGAAGACCAAGAGCAUACGACCUUUCUCACCGAUCAAGGGGUGUACUUUUAUAAGGUCAUGCCAUUCGGAUUAAAGAACGCUGGAGCCACCGGCAAAAGCUCACCUUGCCGAUCUAGCCAAGACACUCGCCACGCUGCGCAAGUUCGGCAUGCGACUCAACCCUACAUCAGCCACAUCCUGAACGGGCCCGAGGAACGGUACCCACCGAUUGAGAAGCUGGCACUGGCACUUGUGCUGUUAGCCCGGAAGCUACGCCCCUACUUCCAGGCUCACCCGGUGGAGGUCAUCACCGACCAACCACUCCGGCAGAUUUUGUCUAAGUUUGAUCUUACAGGACGUCUUCUCAAAUGGGCGGUGGAGCUCGGCGAGUAUGAUGUACGAUACGUGUCAAGAACUGCCAUCAAAGCCCAGUCCGUGGCCGACUUCAUUGCGGAAUUAACUCAGAUCGAGGAUAUGGAUCUCGAGCAACUUUCUGAAGGAUGGGUCCUGCACGUGGACGGAUCGGCCAACUCAAAGGGCGCCGACGCGGGGCUGGUGCUACUAGCUCCCGACGAGCGAUCUUUCGAGCGUUCCCUCCGCUUCGGGUUCCAAGCCACUGACAACGAGGCGGAAUAUGAGGCGCUCCUAGCAGGACUCAGGUUGGCCCUCGAAAUGCAUAUGGUUGCCAUACACGUCCUCACCGACUCGCAGUUGGUAGUCGAGCAACUCAACGGCGGAUACGAGGCUCGGGACCCAAUCAUGGCGAAGUACCUGGCACAGGUAAAGAACCUGAUCGCCAAGUUCCCUCAUUUUGCAUUAUCUAAUGUCUCAAGGGGAGAGAACGAGCGAGCCAACGCACUAGCUAAGCUGGCGUCGAAAUCAGCCCCCGAAGCCCGGCCCGAGGUCGAGGAGCUCCCUUUCCGUGCCAUCGAAAUCGCUGCUGCGACCUCGGGCGACGCACCGACCACGUGUGUACAAGAGAUGCUACGCUUCAAGCGGGACGGGACCCUUCCCCCCGACGAGGCCACGGCUCGGCGCCUGCGCCGUACGUAUGCGUGGUACUCCGAGAUGGAUGGACGACUCUAUAAGCGGUCCUUCACAUACCCUCUCCUACGGUGCUUAGAGCCCGACGAAGCUCGAACGGUUCUGGCCGAGGUCCACGAAGGAGUCUGCGGGGAGCACAUUGGCGGGCGAACUCUGGCGCACAAAAUACUUCGCCAAGGGUACUACUGGCCGACCAUGUGUUGGGACACGAAGUGGAAAUACAUCAUCGUGGGAGUGGAUUACUUCACCAAGUGGGUUGAGGCCGAGCCACUAGCGACGAUCACGGAGCAACAAAUAGAAAAGUUCGUGUGGAGGAACCUAGUGACUCGGUUUGGCUUGCCCAAAACCAUCAUUACAGACAACGGGCCUCAGUUCGCCAGCGGAAAGUUCCGGGAGUUCUGCGAAAGCCACGGGAUCCAGUUGAGGUUCAGCUCGGUGGCUUACCCUCAGACGAACAGGCUAGCGGAAGUAACCAACCGGUCCAUUCUAGAUGAGCUCAAAAGAAGAGUGUCUGAAGCCCGAUCGGCUUGGACGGACGAGCUCCCGAGCGUCUUAUGGUCAUUACGCACCACCCCCAAAACUGCGACCGGAGAGUCCCCUUACAGCCUCGCGUUCGGGACCGAAGCUGUCCUACCACCCGAAAUAGCUAUUCCCACCCCUUGGACAAAAAACUACGACGAGAGAACCACAAACGAGGGACUUCGAGCCGGCCUUGACAUGCUCGUGGAACGGCAUGCCGACGCGCACUUGAAGGCCCUCUCUUAUAAAAGAGCCGUCGCAAGGGUCUACAACAGGAAGGUACGUCCCCUACCAAUUAAGUUAGAUGACCUGGUCCUCCGCAAGACCGAAUUCAGUGACCCGACCUGA